AUGCAGAUGCCUGUAGCUGAAGGCACUGCUGCAUACAAGGUGCAGAUCUGGCGUGCCGGUACCGAAUCAGGCUGUUGUGUCAGCUGGAUGCCCCUUCACCGCUACCGCGUCCCGUUCACGUACUUCGAGGCGUUCAGUCGCGCGGGAGUUGGCAAACAAGGCACAGCCUGGGCCAAGUUUGUGGGGUCAAAACAGUCAUGGCAGGGCGAGCCUAAUUUCAAAGCGAAGCUGUGGAAUUGCGUAUAUGAUGUGUUCAAGUCCACCAUUUCAGACCAUUUGAGGCGAGAAGGGGUGAAUGGCAACAAGGUUGUAUCAUUGAUCCAGGAUACUUAUCAUGUAAAGCUAAGUACCACGAAGAUUUACCAGAUGUUUCCAAAGGCCCAAACGAGCAGCGGCCAGUACACGGAGGGUGCUGUACCACUUCCAUACCUCGCCGAUCCGGUUCGUACAGGAGAUGGUGCACCCCUUCCAUCAUGGCACAAUGAGACGCUUCACGCAGAGCAGGCAAACGCCGCAUACACAGAGGAAGCUCGCAACCUGGUGCCUGGCACUCAUGUCCCCCCAGCCCAUUUUCAGUCGCCAGUGCCGAACCACACGCCCGAACACAACUUUGACACUAUUUUCCAAGAAAUGGGUCACCUCAGGUUAACAACGGAAAAUCUACAACGUGAGACUAUGAUGCAGCGCUCGGAACUCGUACAAUUGAGGCGAAAUGUAUGCGAACUUGGCCAGGUAUUGGAAGAGCAGACGAGAAAACGAGGGAAUCUCGAGACGGAGCUUGAGCAGCUGCGCAAAGAAACCAAGAGCAUGGACAGUAGACUCUAUGAACAAGAAAGCAAAUGGCCCAGCUGGGACUGGGAUUUCGCGCCGGGAACGGGGGCAAAACGAGGACGUUCAUUGGCUGGACCGUACGAUGCCAGCUGUCCAGGAACCAGAGAGGGUAGCAUGCACAGCUUGUCCAGGCUCGUGUCAUCCCCGCACGCUUCCAUGCUCGGACUCAGUACCGAUGACCUACCUCGCAUGUUUGGUUCCAUGUCCCAGGGGGGAAGCGAAUUCAACAUUUCCUACUGCAAACGUCUAGAGCAUACAGUCGUGUUGCAAACGUCGUUGAUUGAAAAUGUGAAGCCUCGUGAGGCGUGGUCAAACAAGAGACACCAAAUUGGAUCGCCUUCGGAACCCGUACCGGUGUCCCCGCCCCCGCGUCACGCUGUCCGGGGCACGUGCACUCGCAAACGUUUUCCCUCACAAUUCUUCCCAUCGACGCGCCAAAGCUCAAUCUCCGCAUCGGUGGAAAGAAUUGAGUCCGAUUGUAGUUCAGCAUCUCGAUGCAGUGAUAUCGUGCUGUGGGGUUACUGCGGGCUCAGCGUGGAUGUUGAAAUCUGCCAAGACUUCAUCGUAUCCAUGGGAUACAAUAAAGUCUUGGCAUGGGAUACGAUAACGUUCAUUCUCCUUUGCAAAUUCGCGGAUGCUGUACUUCGAGGACAAUUUCCCAUAUUCCAGGCAAGAUUUCACAAAAUUCUGCUGCACUGCACCUCUGGGAUUCUCCAACCCCACUCUCGCGUACGAAAUUGGGACGAGAUUUCCAGCAAAAGGAACUUCAAGCUGGAACGAUACCGAGCGGUACUCCCCUGGCGUUUCAAAAAUUCUAGGAAAGAGUUCGCCAAAACCUUUCGCUACAUGAGAGCAAUUGCGAGUACUAUUUUCUCUAUCGCUCUCGAGUUGCCCCUUGUCAAGUUUCUCUCCGACCCUCGCACUUUUACAAGCAUGUCAGACACACCUCCCAACUUCACUACGGUCAGGGACUUUUCCGAUGAUCCGCAAUACAAGCUUCUUAUUGAGACGCUUCAGACCCCUGAUAUGACCCUGGACAGAGGUCUCAAUGCUGUCAAAGACACGCCCGGAUCUCUCAAAUGGACACAGGCAAGGCGCAACGAGUUGUGCAAACGGUUCUACGAUGCGGUGAGAGACUAUGUAACUCACCGAAGAUUCCUGAUAUCCCCGUCCACAGAUGUCGCAAGGAUUCUACGGGAGGUCAAAGAAGCAACUGGGCUGCCUUACAGCUAUUCAGGAAUCUCGAAACUAUGUAACAAUAUCGCUGCAACGCGUGCCGGACUGCACAAUACAAGCGCGGCCGCUCCCACUCCUGCCUCUGGACCGCAGAACGAGACCGAGUACAACAAUACUCCACCUUUCCAGAUGCCGCAGAUUCCCCAGAUGCCGCAGAUUCCCCAGAUGCCACUCCUUGAGCGUGAUGGAGCCGCUCUCUAUGACCAGGCCCAACCAGGUGGAGUUGAUAACAUGAAUCCGCCUGCCAAUCCUGGCUAUGAGGAUCAUGCCCAGCAAGAUGAAGAUAACAACUUCAAUCCGCCUGCUGAUUAUCCCUAUCGAUAUAAGACCCAGCAAGACAACUUCAAUCCGCCUGCUGAUUAUCCCUAUCGAUAUCAGACCCAGCAAGACAACUUCAAUCCGCCUGCUGAUUAUCCCUAUACAUAUCAGACCAAGCAAGGAGGCUAUGAAAAUACCCUGAUGGCGAUCGACCCACCUGGUAGCGGCGGUACGACCAACGCAAGCUCAGCGAUUCAUCUGCCACUUGACCAGCAGUAUUGCAGCAAUCCAUUCGUUACGAUGAGUCACUGGGCACCCGAAGCAACACAGGUGUCUUCCACAUGGGAUCAUGGCAUGGGUGCAAGCGAUGAAGUGUUCUCUGUCAACCGAGGUGAUGGUCUUGGAUCAGGGUGUGCAGACAUUCAUUUUGAAGGCGUUUGA